CAUGGAUCGCCGGCGAGCUCCCCAGGCAUCCCGCGCCGCUUCUAACGGCAUCCGGCCCACGCUUGGCGACAUGGCAACCGCCGCGGCCGCCAGCGAAAACCGCGUCGCCGCGUGUCGUCGCGCUGUGCCUCCUUCUUCCCCCGCGACUUUCGAGCACAGCCAGAGCCAUGCCCGAGCAACGCCGCCAGGAAGAGCAGCAGGGCGCUGGAGGGAUUGUGAAGACGCUGGUGCAGAGCGUGGGCAUCUUUCUGCUGAUCCAGUUCGCGACCAAGCAGUUCUUCGGCCAGACGCCCGCGACCACGGCCGACCCCGCGACAGGCGCUGCCGUUGCCCCCAACACCAAGGUGGCCAUCCCCGCCUUCGAGAACCGCCCGACGCACUUCAACGAUGGCGCCGUCCGCAGCGUCAUCCCGCAGAACGUUGCGCCCAUGUGGCCCGUCGGCACCGACGUCGACAUCACCCUGUACAUCUCGCCGUCCAUCGCCAUGCCCCCGUUCAAGCAGCUGCCCGCCGACACGCUGCUCAUCGACGAGAAGGCCUUCAAGUUUGGCGACUACGCCGAGAACCGCGUCAUCGAGACCGAGUUCAAGGUGCCCGCCGCCGUCCAGCGCAACGCCACGCUCUUCGCGCACUUCUACGUCGCCCAGACCGGCAGCCUCCUCGACCCCACGCAGCCCGGCUACGACCCGACCAAGGCGUACCACGUGAUCCGCGCGCUCUCGCAGUACCAGCCCAAGAAGCAGGCCAAGAAGACGCGGAACUUGCUGUCGGAUAUGCCGGAUUCUGGCGAGACGGACGAGGAGAAGAAGAUGCCCAAGGUGGUGGGGAGCUUCUACCACUCCAACUUCACCAUUAGCUUGAUUCCGGACUCGGGCGUGCUCAACUACCCGACGAUGCAUGCUGGUGUGAGGGAGUUCCUGCAGCUUGACCAGACGGGCUCGCGGGAUGCGACUGGCCAGCAUGGGUGGUACUAUCCCGUGCUGUUCACCAACACAUUCUGGCAGCUGAAGAAGGAUAUGAUUGAGCUCAACGAGACGGUCAAGACCCUCCCGCUCAACGUCAAGCUGAACAACCUCGCCAACUGGAAGUUCAACCUCUACGCCUCCAUGGAAGCCAACAUCCGCGCCAACCAAGCCGCCGCCGCGAGCGGCCAGCCCGUUGCCGGCGGCGGCGACGGCUCCGAGAUGGAAAUGUUCAAAGAGAUCCUCAUCGACAGCAACUCGUACCUCCUCGCAGUGACCGCCAUCGUCUCCGUCUUCCACAUGAUCUUCGAGAUGCUCGCCUUCAAGAACGACGUCCAGCACUGGCGCAAGAAGAAAGAUAACGUCGGCACGUCGGUCCGCACCAUCCUCGCAAACGUCUUUAUGCAGUCCAUCAUCUUCCUCUACCUCAUCGACAACAACGAAAACACCUCGUGGAUGAUUCUUUUCGGCCAGGGCAUGGGCAUCGCCAUCGAGGCCUGGAAAAUCACAAAGAGCGUAAACGUCCGCGUGCGCCCGACCCCGGAAGGCUCCUGGCUCCCCUACUCCGUCGUAUUCGAGGACAAGCACGUCUUGUCCGAGACGGAAAAGAAGACGGAGGAGUACGACGAGAUCGCCUUCAAGUACCUCACAUGGGUUGCCAUCCCCCUACUCGCGGCAUACGCCGUCUACAGCCUCAUCUACGACACGCACAAGUCCUGGUACUCGUUCAUCAUCACCACCCUCGUCGGGUCCGUGUACGCCUACGGCUUCCUCAUGAUGGUGCCGUCCCUGUACAUCAACUACCGCCUCAAGUCCGUCGCGCACAUGCCCGGGCGCGCCAUGACGUACAAGUUCCUGAACACCUUCAUCGACGAUUUGUUUGCGUUUACGAUCAAAAUGCCUACGCUGCACCGCCUGGCCACGCUGAGAGAUGAUGUCAUCUUCUUCGUCUAUUUGUACCAGACGUGGGUGUACAAGGUGGAUUACUCGCGUGUCAACGAGUUUGGACAGGGUGGAGAUGAGGAAGAGGAAGAGGAGAAGAAAGCAAACUUUCCGCUUGUGGCGAAUGCCGGGGGUGAUCGAUCGCCGAAGGUGCCGGAUGCUGCAAAGGUGGCCAAGCUCGAGGCCGAGAAGGCUGGGGCCAAGGCGAGUGGGAGUCAGAAGAAGGGUAACGCCACGAAGAGGAAGUAGACUGGCAGGGAGGGAAUGUCUUUGAGACGCGAGCUGGUGUAAGGCACAUGAUGCGUAGAUAUAAUCUUGGGAUAUUGUUGUAGAC